AUGAGACAUCUACACAACUAUACACCUCCACACAAUUCUUGCCGUGAUAACCCAAUGACGAAAUUCAGAGGAUGCAUAGACAUCCACUCAGGACAAGUGAAGCAGAUAGUAGGGGGAACGUUAAAAGAAGACGACAACCAGGCUGACACACCAACUACAGCAGAAGCACCAGCACACUCGGUAUCGUCAUCAUCGACUCGUGAAAAUUUCGUGCUGACGAAACCGUCCUCAUUCUACGCCCAGCUCUAUCGCGAUCAUAACGUGGAAGGAUGCCACGUCAUCAAACUCGGCCUGAACCCCGCUAACGACGAAGCGGCGCAAUUGGCAUGCAGAACAUGGCCCGCGGGGUUUCAAGUUGGCGGGGGGAUCAAUAUGAGCAACGCGCAAAACUGGCUCGAUGCCGGUGCGUCGCAUGUCAUAUUAACGAGCUGGCUAUUCAAGGAGAACGAAACUACAAAGAAGAUGGAGUUGGAUUUCGCGAGGUUAUCGCAAUUGAGUCAAAAAGUAGGCAGGCUGCACUUGGUGGUGGACUUGAGCUGCCGUACCGUUCUCGGAGCAGAUGGCAGCAGCAGCGGCACCAAGUCGUGGUUUGUCGCCAUGAACAAGUGGCAGACCAUCACGGCGGAAAAGUUGAGCAAAGAGUUUUUGCUCAAAGUGAGCGAAUACUGCGAUGAGAUUUUGAUUCAUGCUGCCGAUGUAGAGGGGUUGUGCCAGGGCAUUGACCAAGAAUUGGUGGGGAACUUGGGUGCUUGGUGUCCGCCCGGGUUCGAGAACAAGAUAGUCUACGCAGGCGGAGCCAAGGCCGUUUCCGACUUGGAUCUCGUCAAGCAGCUAAGCCAUGGCCGUGUUGACUUGACGUUUGGAAGCGCGUUGGACAUAUUUGGUGGCACACUCGUCAAGUUUGAUGACUUGAUAAAAUGGAACAAAAAGCAAACUAGCUAG